GCACACACGCACAGGUGAUCAAGAAGUCAAGUCUCUAAUGGUGUACUGCAGCACUGCUUGCAGUUGGAAAGGAGAGCUGAGAUCACUCGAUAAUCACAAGCAAAAAGACUGUGAGAACACAGUAGUCUUUUGCGAAAACAAUUGUGGUGAAAUAAAUAUGAUUCGAAAGAAUCUCAAGGCCCACCUCGAGUCCAAGUGUCCUAAUCGACUACACAAAUGCCCUGACUGUGGUGCAAACAACCAGUACAAAAACCACCAACUUCAUACCAAAUUACAUUGCCCCAAGCGAUUGCAUUCUUGUGUUCAUUGUGGUGAAAACGGCUGCUUUGAUGAGCGUACUUCUACACAUUUGGAGGUUUGUCCCAAGAUGAAAAUUGCGUGUAAAAAGUGCACACAACGUAUCCUGCGCUGCCAGCUGCCAACUCAUCCAAAAGAAUGCACGUUUGAACCAGUGCCCUGUAAAUAUGCUGCAGUCGGGUGCAAAGUUUGGCCUCUACGCAAAGACGUCAAGAAGCACGAGGAAAAUUACCAACUUCACCUCCAAGUUACCAUAGAAACAGUGCUCGAGCUUAAGAAAAUGCUUCCCAAACCAGUUGUCCCAGUUACAUACCGAGUUACAGAUUUUGACAAACACAAAAAGGCCAAUCGUAUAGUCCACAGUCCUCCGUUCUACAUUUCCACAACUGGGUACAAAAUGUGCUUAAGAAUAGAUGCCAACGGUAAUGAUACUGGUGAAGGCACACAUGUCUCUGUGUUCACAUGUCUUUUGGCAGGAGAAUAUGAUGACUACCUGGCCUGGCCGUUCGUUGGGAUGGUUACGAUCAAGCUUCUAAAUCAGCUAGAGAAUCAGAGCCAUUAUCUAAAAACGUACAAAAUACCAGCAGACAAUGAAGCCAGUCAGAGAGUGGUGGAUGGUAAGAGAGGACCGGGAUAUGGCCACCUUAAGUUCACUUCCCAUGCUGACCUCGCUCACAAGCCUCGUGAAAACAUUCAGUACCUCAAAGACGACACUCUAAUAUUCCGAGUAUCUGCAGAAGCUCCUGACUACAAGCCGUGGCUGGAGUGUACCGACUGUGUGUAGUAACUUUAUUACAUAGGACAGCUAAAGUUUGAACUAAUGAUAUUGCCUAUAGUAUAGUAUAUAGUUGACCAACGUGUACAAUAUAUCAUGUCAAAACCAGUACUGUCAUACAUUAUGGGCUAUAACAUGUCCUACCUCCUCUGGACAAUCACUACCUAGCCUGUAUACAAACAAUGACAUGCUAUUGUUCAACUAACAAAGAAUGCACAACUGAAGUGGUAGACAUGCACAUGAACAAGCGGUCAAUAUUAUGUCCCAGUAUU